UGCUCUUGGUCAGAAUCCUUUACAUUGUGAUUGUACAGCUAAGUGGUUGAACAGUUACUUUCGGCAACAUUUCUUAGAUAAUGGGAUAUCUCUUUGCUAUAGUCCACCAAACAUGAGACUGAAGUCAAUAUAUCACUCAAAACAUGAAGAUUUUAUUUGUCCAUGGAAACAACAAAGUGAAAUAAAUACAAGCUCAUCCACUAAUGAUAAUGAAAAUAUUCUAUACUUUCCAAGUACAAAACUUCCGUCACAAAAUGAUCAACAGAAUCGUUUGAAUGUUUUACAUAGUUCGAAAAUGAAUCAUGAUGUGAUCGAGAGAGAGAAAGAAUCCUUACUUAUUACAGCAAAAUGUAUGCCAUGUUUAUUGAAUCCAUGUCAGAAUGAUGGGACUUGUUUAACACUUUCUCAAUUAGAUUAUAAAUGUUCAUGUAAACCACCAUAUCACGGUAAAAACUGUGAACAAAGAGACCAUAUCUGUUCAACGAAUCCAUGUCAGAAUGGUGGGUUAUGCAAGAUAACAGCUUAUCCUAGUUCAUAUAAAUGUAUCUGCCCAUCAGGUUUUCAUGGACCUACCUGUGCCAAACAAAUAGAAACUUGCAAGAAUAACGUUUGCCAAAACGGUGGAACAUGUGAAGCACUGGAUAACGAUUAUCGAUGCCACUGUACAACUUUAUUUCACGGUAAGAAAUGUCAACAUGAAUAUAUUUACUGCGAAGAAUUAAAUCCAUGUGCAAAUGGAGGAAAAUGUGUCAGCUUACCUAGGAAUAACUACAGCUGUGAAUGCCCAGCUGGAUGGAUUGGAAAUGACUGCCAAAUCAAUGAAGAUGAUUGUUUGUACAAUAGGUGCGAAAAUGGUGCUACUUGUGUAGAUGGUAUAAAUGAAUAUAUAUGCAAAUGCCGUCCAGGAUACACAGGGAUUUAUUGUGAAAGACCAACUUGGAAUCCUUCAACAUAUGUGACACGAAUGGAUAAACCACUUAAUUAUCAAUUCAUUAUUGGACGUACAUCUGCACCUGGAGUAAGGCAGUCACCAAUCAAAACUCGAUCACUGACAACACAAAAUCUCGAAACACUCUGCGCUUACCAACAGUGUCAAAAUAAUGCAAAGUGUGUUGAAAAUCAAAAUGAAGCUUACAGUUGCGUAUGUCAAAAUGGUUUCAGUGGUCAAUACUGUGAGCAUUUAUUUGCUAUCAAUCUACCAAGUCCUCAUUCUUAUGUGGCUGUAGUGCCACCAAGUCGUGGUGCUUUAGUGCCAAGUGGAACAAUAAGUUUCGAAGUGGCUACAAAGUCAACCAAAGGCAUUUUAUUGAAUUUUAUUGAUACAAAUUUAAUUAAUAAUGCACAAGGUAUACCUGAACACUACUUAUUAUUAAACUUACACGAUGGACAAAUCCAUGUGAAAUUCUCAUUAAAUCGAAAUCAUACUUCGCAUAAUAUGAACUGUGAAACAGAUUUAGUAAUUUAUUGUUUAUAUAAUUAUCCUGAUAAAUUUAAACAAAGUAAUAAUGACUAUACUUACAGGAUAAAAUGGACUGGUGUUGUACCACAAAUAUUCAUUCAUCGUAUGUAACCUCAAAUCACAACGGUCCUCCCAUUAGGUUGGGACACCUCAGAGAACCUGGCAGGAAAAUAAAAAUGUGAUGGACAAACGUAGUCUCCGUAGAGUACUGGUUCUCGCAUCCAAUAAUCAACUCCUCCAACCGACUAAUCGAAGAAGUGAUGUGUGCGUUAUCAGUUGACUCUUUCACAAAAGGAUUAGACAAGCA